AUGGCCGACGCCACGAGUGCUGUUCCGGGACGCUUUGACGCGCUGUUGACGCAGCUGGCGCAGCAACACGGCGGCGUGGAGUCGCUGCUGGACUCUUUCUUUGACUUUCUGCACCGGAAGACCGACUUUUACGUGGUGUCCAGCGACCCCGCAAGGCACAAGAUGGGCUUUUUGCCUGGCCAGGCCCAGCGAAAGGUGCUCGAAGCGUUCCAGAGACAUCCGAUGAAGAGUUUAGACGAAAGGAAUGGCAGCGCUGUAACUGUGAGAAGUGUUACAACGACAAAGACGACGGGAGCGACAGCGGUUCCGACUGCCUCUUCUGCUGCGCUGGCUGGAGCUUCGACAGCUGCUGUUGCUACGGAGGGACCGGAGCUGACAGAAGAUGGCAAACAGAUUCCUAUUGCUAAUGGCGGAGUCGCAGAGAAGUACACGUGGACGCAGACGCUGGAGGAAGUUUCGAUGCACGUGGAGUUUGCACAGGACACGCAAGCAAAAGACUUGGACUGUCACAUCGGACCCACGCGACUGCGUGUGGCGCUCAAGAGCGAUCGAACGAGAGCACUGUUAGAAGGAGAGUUUCCGGAAAAGGUCCGUGCGGACGAGAGCAUCUGGUCGAUAGAGAGCAACCGCACACUCAACAUCUCGCUGGAAAAGGUCCAACGCACAUGGUGGGCCUGCGCGCUGAAAGGGGGGCCAGAGAUCGACACGAGCCAAGUGGAUUCUAGACGGAGCAUCCAGGAGUACGAUGAGGCCACGCAGGGUGCCAUCAGGAAAGCCAUGUACGAUCAGCGUCAGCAGCAAAUCAACGGCAGACUUCCGCUCACUCCGGAAGAACGAAUGCUGCAAGAAGCCAAGAACUUGCCGGGCUCGCCUUUUUUUGUCCUCCACACAACAAUAAAGACACUGCAAGAAGGCGCACAUAUACGGUGUUUCUUGCCCCUAAGUCUAUCGCAUCCGUUGGCAGGUCCCAUGUAG